AUGAGCCAGGUUGCAUGGAAGACUUCGCUUGGUGGCUCUGGGCCCUUGGAUCGUAAAGUGAUCUCCAAAUUCGAAUGUUUCGGUGGAAACGAUGGAACCGAAUUCGCUGAAGCUUACAAGCGCGAUGCUCCGCUUCGUUCUGGCAAUCUUCCACUAUUUCGACUGGAGCCUAUUCUCAAGAAGCUUGCAGAAAGGCGGAACCCGGGCAAAGUUUUGUUCGGUCAUCAAGUGUUGGAUUUCGUCGAUGAAGGCUCUUCCGUUGCUGUCAAAGCGUCCGACGAACUAGGAAAUACCUCAUCCUAUCGGUGCAAGUAUCUUAUUGCUGCAGAUGGGGGCCGUACCAUAGGCCCCAAGCUUGGUGUUAAGAUGGAAGGUCCAACCAAUAUCACUGAUAUGGUUUCGGUCCAUUUCAGCGCUGAUCUCUCUGAGUACUGGGAUGAUCGUUACUUUGCAUGUCACUUCAUCAAUGGUGAAUGCAAUACAGUAUUUGAGAGUGGUGCGAUUGUUCCUAUGGGUCCCAAUUGGGGCAAAAAUUCCAAGGAAUGGGUGUUUCAUUGCGGAUUCGCGAUGGACGACCAAAAUCGACACGAUGACGCUGCAUUACUUCCCCGUAUUCGUCAACUAUUGAAGAUUCCUGACUUGAAUAUGGACGUGCACAGAAUCAGCCACUGGGCCAUAGAGAAAGUCCUUGCGGACAAGUAUCAAGUGGGACGAGUCUUUCUUGCCGGCGAUGCCGGAAAUCGUCGCCCACCUACGACUGGUUUAGGGCUUAACACCGCGGUCGAGGAUUCCCUUAAUAUUGCCUGGAAACUGGCUCUGGUUCUAAAGGGACAGGCUAGUGAGGCAAUUCUAAAUAGCUAUGAGCCAGAAAGACGAGCUGUGGGCGAGAUUAACUCCGACUGGGGGUUAUUUACUUUCAACAACUCAGCCGUGAUCAAUACUUCUCUCGGUCUUAUUCCAGGAGACAGAUUGGCAAAUGAGCUGCGCUUCAAAAGUUUGUUUGAAAAUACAGACAAAGGCCGCAGCUUCCGUGCUCAAGUUGCGCGCAUAGUCAGCACACAAUCUAUUGAAUUUUGUGCUCACGGAAUUGAAUUGGGCUUCGGAUAUCGCAAUGGUCUUCUUCUGCAUGACGGAAGUCUUCCAGUUGAGAGCGAUCCACUUGGUCUUAUAUAUUACCCAACCACGCAGCCUGGACAUCGUCUCCCACAUGCCUGGAUUGAGGCAGGAAAUCAUGUCAUCUCCACUCACGACCUGGUGCCAAGAAACGCAGGAUUUUCCUUGAUCACAGACAGCGAAGGAAGUGAUUGGACAAUUGCUGCUAAUAAUAUCCGCCAAAACCGUGGUAUUGAAAUCUUCGUGGCUCAGAUUGGUGAUAACUGUUCUUAUCGGGAUUACGACGACCGAUGGGAUAGCCUGAAGGGCACUCAGUCUGGUGGCGCAAUUCUUGUUCGACCUGAUAACAUAGUAGCCUGGAGGGCGAUAUUCAUGUGA